AUGGGAAACAUUGUGCCAUCGUUGUCCGAACCAUGUCCACCAUCCCGACAGGUCAACACCAAAUAUGGACCGAUUAUAGGACGACGGCUAAUUCAUAAAGGAGAUCGCCUGGUGGAUGCCUUUCAAGGAAUUCCAUUCGCGACACCUCCAUUAGGAGAACUAAGAUUCAAUCGCCCAAAACCACCUGAGUCAUGGACUGAAGUGCGAGAAACGAAAAGCUUCGGAGCUAGAAGUAUCCAGAAAGAUCUUAUACCUUUUAGUCGCAUGAAGCUUGGACCAACAUCUGAAGAUUGUUUGACAUUGAAUGUUUUUACUCCAUGUUGGGAGCCAGAGCAACCUUCAGGAUUUCCUGUACUUGUAUACAUUCAUGGCGGAGGCUUUGUAAUGGACAGCUGUGUCAAAUAUGGAGAUAUUGGAAUUUGCAAGAAUAUAGUUACUAAAGAUAUGGUCGUCGUGACAACUCAGUAUCGUCUGGGAUAUCUUGGAUUCUUCACAACCGGAGAUGAUGUCUGUCCUGGCAAUAAUGCAUUGUGGGAUAUGAAAAUGGCUUUGGAAUGGGUUCAUGAUAACAUCCGAAACUUCAAUGGAGAUCCAACCAACAUCACCAUAAUGGGUCAAAGUGCAGGAGGAGAUUUCGUAGAUUUGCUCUCACUCUCCCCCCAUACAAGAGAUUUAUUCCAUAAAGUUAUUCCAAUGGCUGGCAAUGCAAGUGCAGAAUGGUCCAUAUGUAAGAACGCCUCCGAAACUUGUCGCAAGUUUGCUGCAAAACAUGGAGUCUCCAACUACUAUGAUUCAGAAAAGUUUUUAGAAGAUUUACGUAAAGUGCCUGCCCAUACUUUCGGAUUGACGAUAGAAGUUCUCGAUGAGUGGAUACCUCCAGUUGGACCACGUAUAGAUGGACACUUCCUACCUAAGCCCCUUGAUGAGCUACGUAAGGAAGCACCUAUAAAGCCUCGAAUGAUUGGUUGCUGUCGCUCUGAAGGAGUAUUUUUCUUGUUGACAGCGGCCCACAUAGGACUGAAUCGUCUAGAAGAUGUUGCUGGCCAAUUAAUAACAGAAAAAGACUUCCCGAAUGACUUUAAGCAAAAGCGAAAAGCUUAUAUGGAUAGAAUAGUUUCAAUGGAUAAACGCGAGAAUUUGACUGCUGAGGAAGUCAGACGAGCUGUAGGCGAAGGUAUUGGUGAUCGUUUCUUGAACAUUGCUUGUCAGAAAGCAGUAUGUGAGUGGCUUAAGCAUGGAUCGCCUGUCUACUUCUACUCGUACGACUACUUCAAUCCUAAAAUGUGGGGAAUGGUGGGUCUCAGAAUGCCAUAUAAAGAUUCAACUCAUUGUACUGAAAUUGCUUAUUUGUUUGCUGUUGGCUUAAUAUCCAGUUUUGAAUAUACUGAGGAGGAUUUGCAAAUGUUGGACUACACGACGAGGCUUUGGACGAAUUUCUGUAAAUAUGGUGAUCCAAAUGGUAAAGAUGAAGCUGAAUGGCUUCCAGCCACGCUGGAACAUCCCCAACGACAUUUCCAAAUUGAUCUACAAAGCACAAUGAGUGAUGUUUAUAAGAAUGGACGACCGAUGCUCAUAUUGGAUUUUGAAAAAGAGAAAACCUCAUCCCAGCCAUAA